CUGGAAUUUCCCGCCGGCCUUUAAGAGAGACUUGGGUCGGGCCUCGUUAUGCCUCAGUCCGUGGUUAGACUUGAAGCGGAUCGGUCCUUGGGGUUUUCUGCAAGAUGUCGUUCUUCAGUUCCUUCGAGAAUUUCCUGGACAACCUGACCGACCGCUUCAGGCAUGACCUCGAGGUCAACCGCCGCGAGGACAGGGAGAUCGAGAUUGCGGAUGAACUUAAUGAUACAGCCAAUGAAGUCGACUCCGCAACGCCAACCCCGAAGGUGCUGAGCGUGGACUUCCAGGCCAAACCGAAUGCCGUGAACCACUUUUGCGACAAGUACGAAAUCGUCGAGCGGCAGCAAGCGGCUAUCGUCCUUCGCAGGGGGGGGAGCUUCACCAUCGAGGUGGAGUUCAACCUGGAGCUGGAGCUGAAGAAGACCCAUUUGGUGAAGCUCUAUUUUUCUUUUGGUCAGCGUCCGAGCGCGGCGAAGGGAACCCAGGCUGCCCUUCAGGUAUCGGGCAAGAAACUCUUCGACAAGAACCACGAGGAGUGGGACGUGCGCGUGGACGGGCAAAACGGCAAGAAAAUCACCUUCGAAAUUCAGAUCCCCACCGACGCCCCCGUGGGUGUUUGGAAUCCCGCGGUGGAAGUGAGUCUCAGAGCUACCUCGGACACGACCCGACAUCUCCACCGCUCCGACACGCAUGUCUACAUUCUCUUCAAUCCCUGGAACAAGCACGAUGGGACGUACAUGCCGGACGAAGAGAAACGAGACGAAUACGUUCUGGCUGACGUAGGAAAGAUCUGGGUGGGUAACUACCCCUACCCCCACGGCCGCCCCUGGGUCUUCGGGCAGUUCGACGACGCGGUGCUGCCGGCGAGCGUGCUGCUGCUCGAGAAGUCGGGCGUCCCGCCGGAGUCUCGCGGCGACCCCAUCCGCGUGUCCAGAGCCAUCUCCAAGAUGGUGAACAGCAACGACGACCAGGGCGUGAUCGUGGGUCGUUGGGACGGCAAGUACGAAGACGGGAAGUCCCCCUCGUCGUGGUCAGGCUCCAUCAAGAUCCUGGAGGAAUACAUCAAAAGCAAGCGCCCGGUCCGCUACGGCCAGUGCUGGGUGUUCGCCGGGGUUGUCAACACAGUGUGUCGUGCUCUCGGUCUGCCCAGUCGAGUGGUCAGCAACUUCGCCUCAGCACACGACACCAACUUCUCCCUCACCAUUGACGAAUACGUUGACGAGAAGGGCGACGAGAUCGACUCCUCAUACCGCGGUGCUACACCUGGAGGCCUGUAUGAUUCCAUCUGGAACUUCCACGUUUGGAAUGACGUGUGGAUGAUCCGACCUGACCUGCCACAGGGUUACAGCGGCUGGCAGGUCAUCGACGCAACGCCACAGGAAGCAAGUGAUGGCUCGUACCAGUGCGGGCCAGCGUCCCACGAGGCCAUCCGCAGAGGCCAAAUGGAAUACAAGUACGACGUGCCCUUCGUGCUGGCCGAGGUCAACGCUGACGUCGUGCACUGGCAGAAGGACGAUAAGGCACAGGACGGGUUCAAGAAGCUCACCACGAACAAGAGGAGCGUCGGCCGCCAGGUGCUGACGAAGCAGGCAGGACCCUCAGGCGACAAGGAGGAUAUCACACUGGAGUACAAACCGAAGGAAGGGACGACGGCCGAGAGAGUCACGCUACUAACAGCUGCCCGAAGGACCCGCGCCGCCAGACACGCCUUCCGUCUCAUGUCCCAAGAAGUAGAUGACGUUGAGUUCGGCCUCGAGGAUAUCGAGAAAGUGCCCAUCGGCGAAGGGUUCACCGUGACGCUCAAUUGCAAGAACAUUAGCGAGGCCAAGAGAACGGUGAGUGUGGUAAUGAACUGCACCAGUAUGUACUACACAGGCGCCCCCGCUUACCCGAUAAAGCGCCGUGAGGGAGAAAUCGUUCUCGAAGUUGGAGAAACCAAGAACAUGACCAUGGAAGUGACGUACGGUGACUACUACGAGAAACUGGUCGAACACGCCAUGGUAAAGAACGUGGCUAUUUGCACCGUGGCGGAAACCUCUUACGCGUGGGUGGGCGACGAUGGCAUGGAGAUACAGAAGCCGGAUAUCAAGAUCGAGAUCCUGUCGGAGGCCACUGCGGGAUUACCCCUCGCCCUCAGGAUAUCCUUCACCAAUCCCCUGCCGAUAACCCUCAGGAACUGCGAGCUGGAGGUGGAUGGGCCCGGCAUCCUGCGCCCCAAGACUAUACCGAUCAGCAACGUGGGCCCCAGUGAGAAUAUGGUCCAUGAGAUGAAAGUGUUCCCAAAGAAACCCAAGCACUGCACAAUAGUCGUGACCUUCAACUCCAGCCAGCUGUACAACCUCACGGGGUCAACUCAGGUCACCAUCAAUCCGGCAGAGUGAUCGCGUGGUGAUUUUGUGAGCUGCAAGGAAGGAUUUUGAAGAAUGCUAUCUAUCACUCCUCUCCAAAAAGAAAAAGGAAAAUAGAAAAGAUACAUGAUGUUAUUAUCAUCAUUAUUUUAAUGUAUCUGCUGUUUUUUUUCACGUAAUUAGGUGAAUGAAAAAAAAAAAUGAUGUUAAUUUUUACGCAUUUCCAAAUUAUUCAAGAAUCUAGAAAAAUAGAAGACAAAAAAAAGUGUCAUUUUUACUUAUUCCAUUUUUUUUUACUGAUUUAGAAAGAUGGCAUGCGAGAUAUAUUGCAUGACUUUAUUCAUUUUUCCAUUGCUGGUUAUUCAACGCAUGAAUUUGUAUUUUCAGAACUUGUUACUUGAUAAACCUGCUUCAGGCUCUGAUAGCAAAUAACUUCCCAUAACGGAUAAUCGCUCAUACGGACACUUAUUAUAGGAACAAGCUGACUAGUGCAGUUGGCCUUGCAACCGGGUUAUGUAGGCGUAUUGCAUGUUUUUUUUAAAGCCUGCUUAUGUUGGCGAAUUGCGUGGUUAUUCACAAAAUGCUUAUGUUGGCGAAUUGCGUGAAUUUUUACAUGUAGUUUAUGCUGGCGAUUUGCAUGAUUUCCCUAAAUAUUUUUUUGUUGUUGUUGGCAAAGUGCAUGAUUUCCACAUGAUUUAUGUUGGCAAAGUGCAUGAUUUUCUUUGAUUCGAGUUCGAAAGGUAAAUAAAGAAGCUUUUUUUCCCGAACGAUGAAGUUAUUUGAUAGGCCUAUCGCCAACAUUUCAUUUUUUUCACUGAUUCGAUUUGUCUUGGGCAUAAUCACCAUGACAUUAAUAUUUUUUCCGUCAUGUCUGUUUCACUUCAUGUAUGCAUUUCUCAAAUUCGUUCUGUCCCUUAUUGUGUGUGCCUUUCAAAUAAAAGAAUAUGUCUAGAG